CUUUUACAGCAUGUUUAAAAGUGACGAGACCUCCUUGGCUCUCACCUGCAGAUCCACUCACCUGUUUUCUUCCGUGAACUGUUAAGAGCCUAAACACUGCAGCAAUGCCUCCUCCUGGUGUGUGUCUGAACAUUAUGGAGGCUCGUCAGAAGCAAAAAGGUUUUGGGAGCUUCGCCAACCCUGACAAUUUCCUCAACCAAGACUACAAGCAGCUGAAACAAUACUGUGUCAUCAAAGGACUAAGGUACAUCGACGAAAUGUUCCCCCCUGACAGGAUCUCCAUCGGCGAAGGGAUACUGAGCCCCUCUGAGCUGGACCGCGUGGAGUGGCUGAGACCAAUGAAAAUUGCUCCUAAUCCAGACUUCAUACUUGACGGCAUCUCAAGGUUUGACUUUGGUCAAGGAAUACUUGGAGACUGCUGGUUUCUUGCAUCUAUCGGAGCUCUGACGUUCCAGCAACACAUCCUUGAACAAGUUGUCCCUAUUGACCAAACAUUUAAUGAGAAAUACUGCGGGCUGUUCCACUUCAGGUUCUGGAGAUUUGGAAAAUGGGUGGAUGUCAUCAUUGAUGACAAGCUACCAACAAUCAAUGGGAGACUAAUCUUCGUUCACUCCAAAGACCAAAAUGAGUUCUGGCCCGCUUUGAUGGAGAAAGCUUAUGCCAAAGUGUGUGGUUCCUAUACCGACAUGAUUGCUGGGACUCCCGCGGAGGCCAUGAUGGACUUCACAGGUGGCAUUCACAUGUGUAUCCAGCUGUCGGAUCCCCCUGCGAACCUGUGGGAGCUGAUGUGCAGAGCUGGCCAAUUAUCGUCACUGAUGGGCUGUGGUACACCUCAAGGGGAGACACCUGCCAACAACAUAUUGCCCAAUGGAUUGGUCCAAGGCCAUGCUUACACGGUCACGGGUGUGAAACAGACAAUCAGCCGAGGGAAACAAGUAAACCUGGUGCGUUUGUGGAACCCCUGGGGCAAAGGAGAGUGGAAUGGAGACUGGAGUGAUCUGUCAUCUCUGUGGCAAACUGUGAGUGCCAAAGAUCGUGAAAUGUGCCUUUCAGUUGCUGAUGAUGGAGAGUUUUGGAUGACCCUGGAGGACCUCUGUAAGUUCUACAUCGAUCUGGACAUCUGCUCCCUAAGUCCCGACUUCCUUGAUGGAAACACCUCUAGUCACUGGACGACCACCAUGUAUGAGGGCAGAUGGGUUGCAGGAACAACUGCUGGAGGAUGCGUUCAGAAUAAAGACAGUUUCUGGACUAAUCCACAGUAUCGGAUCAAGAUUGGAGGUGACUAUUUGGGGAAAGAUGGCAACAAAAAUGUGCUGUUAUCGCUCAUGCAAAAGCACGACAAGCGGAACAGACACCUGACCCAAAAUCUCCACAUUGGAAUCUCUGUAUUUGAGGUAACACUACAGCACAAGGCUCAGAAGGGGAAGUUCCCGGCAUCUUUCUUCAGCCAGCUUCCUGUUGCCCAUACUAAAACCUACAUGAAUGGACGUGAGGUGAUCGAGUACCUCAUGCUGAAGCCUGGCGAAUACCUGAUCGUGCCAUCCACCUUCAGUCCCCAUGAGACAGCCUCCUUCCUCCUGACCAUCAUCACCAAGGCAGAGAGCCAUAGCUAUGAGAACUCCGGUGACCUAAACAACAAUGUGCCGGUUGAAACGCCCAAAAAGACCACAAAUGCGCAAGAUUACAACGACAAGAAAACCUUUUUCCGCCAGUACUCUGACAAGUAUGAAGAAGUGGGUGCUGAGCAGCUCCAGAGACUUCUAAAUGAAAAAAUCCUGAAAGGAGACUUGAAAUCUGGAGGCUUCAGCAUUGAUGCCUGUCGCAGCAUGGUUGCUCUGAUGGAUACAUCAAUCACUGGCAAACUGAAUGGUGAGGAAUUUGUUCGUCUGUGGAAUAAGAUCGUCACAUACAAGGACAUUUUCUUCCUCACUGAUGUUUCACGAACUGGAACACUGUCAUUGAGUGAACUGAGGAAUGCUUUUGAAGCUUCAGGAAUGAGGAUCAAGGAUGACAUGCUCAAUUUGAUGGUGCUGCGCUACGGUGCCACCUCUGGUCACAUGACCCUGGAGAGUUUCAUCAGUCUCAUCCUUCGCUUGCACUGCAUGUACAAAAUCUUCAAACAAUUGUCUGAUGGAAAAGACAUGAAUCUUCGAGAGUCAGAGUGGAUGUACAUUUCAAUGUACACUUAACUCAACAAAGAAGAUGGACGUCACAAUUCAAGUGGAAAUACAGCAAUAGAUAUUUCUGAAAAAUUGUUUACUUUCAUUUAAAAAACUGCAUGACGGAUGGUGAGGGGCAAAUGGUAAAUGGGCUUGUACUUGUAUAGCGCCUCUCUAGACUUCUGACCACUCAAAAUGCUUUAACGUUACAUGAUAAAAUAUGUACUCUGCUGCAAAUGAGUAAUUACUGUGACUAAAAGGGUAUUACACAAUAAUGUGAAAACACAA